AUGUGGUCUUCGACGAUCUUACUCUCGUUGUCCAGCGUUUUUGGCAUCAUCGGCCUGGCUCUGGUACUUGCUGCUGCUCUCACCGAUAACUGGACUGAGUAUCAGGUGAAUCGAAGGGAAGUGAUCAACGCGUUCAAUCGUGAACCAGAGCUUAACGUUCGUCUAAAAGACGCGUUUGUACGUAAUGUCAACUACUUCUCGCGUAACUACGGCCUAUUCCAGAUUUGUUUUCCUGAUUCCGUUCCAUCCGAUAUUGGCAGUUUCUCAAAGUAUGGAUCGCCUUGCAUCGAUAACACGGAUUACUUUCCGGUUGAAGCCGUUCAGGAGAACUACUCCUCGCAGCAGACACAGCGACUCUAUUUUAUGAGAGCGAACGUGGCCACCUACGUUCUCGGUCUCGGCGUCGUAGUUGUAUGCCUUGCAAUUGCUGGAAUUGGAUGUGCACGUCAAUCCCGCAAAGCUUUCAUGUUCACUGGCGUUGGCCUACUACUUACAGUUCUGUUGUUCGCUGUCUCCAUGGCGUGCUGGCACUACGUGAACUACCUCGAACGAGCCGUGCUUGAAAUGGCGCCCUUCUACAAAUCCUGGGAACCGAUUCUCAAAUCGACAACGCGCUUCAACUUCGGAUGGUCACUUGUGGUCGCCUGGGUCGGAAUCCUUUUCAUACUCUUCGCUUCCGUGUUUUUCAUCUGCUCCGCUAGUCGGUUAAAGAAGGAGGAAGAGAAGGCGUUGUCGGCAAAACAUGGCGCAUACAUGAUGAAUAACUACUACGACAAGGGUGCUAUGGUUCCAUACGGUUACAACACGUAUGCUGGAUACGGCAACUACCCAUACGGAUAUGGUGGACAGUACAGUAAUGGAUAUUAUGGAUAUAUGACGUAUGGACGCUGA